CAUGGAAAUCUUCACACAUGACAAUUAAACAAUCUUCAAGUUCUAACAUCCAAAUCUGCACCAUAACAAUGAAGCACCGGCCACAUAAUCAAAUCAAUGAUUUGUCUGAUUUUCUUUCCGAGCAUGUGAAUUAUUUUUUCUGCAAAAUGUGAAACCAAACACUCAAACAAAGUUUCCAACUCAUAACUCACAAAGAAGCCACCUUUCACAUGCCACUUUCUUCAAACCAUAUCCCACCCACUUUCCUCACUUAGCCUCCGCCACCGGCAGCCAUGUUCGCCGGAAUAAUUCUCUGCCACGGUUCGCCGCAGCCUGUUUUUCUUCUUCUUUUUCUUCUUAAUGCUCUGUUUUUCCUCUGUUUUGUUACCUCCUCUCAUGAAACUGAGCUUCAAAUUCUUUUGAGUUUCAAGUCUUCUAUUCAAAGUUCAAAACCAAAUGUUUUCAGUUCAUGGAACCAAGCGAAUUCUCACUGCAACUUCACCGGGAUUGUGUGCUCAGAUGGUUCUGUCUCAGAAAUCAACCUUGCAAGUAAAGCAUUAGUUGGAACUCUUCCGUUUGACUCAAUCUGUGAGCUUCAAAUGCUGAAGAAAAUCUCUGUAGAGUCCAAUUUAUUGCAUGGGAUCAUCAGUGAUGACUUGAAAAAGUGCAAGAAUUUGAAAUACUUGGAUUUGGGUGGGAAUUCAUUCACUGGUUCGGUUCCUGAUUUGUCAACUCUGAACAAGUUAGAGUACUUGAAUUUGAAUGCAAGUGGAAUCUCUGGUGCAUUUCCAUGGAAAUCAUUGGAGAAUUUGACAGAACUCACAUUCUUGAGCGUUGGUGAUAACCUUUUGGAGAAAAGCAAGUUCCCUUUGGAGGUUUUAAAGCUUUCAAAUUUGUAUUGGCUUUACCUCACAAAUUGCAGCAUCACUGGGAAUAUUCCAAUUGGUAUUGGGAAUCUCACAAAGCUUGAGAAUCUUGAGCUUUCAGAUAACCACUUAACUGGUGAGAUUCCAAAAGAUAUUGUGCAUCUUCAAAGCCUAAGGCAACUUGAGCUUUAUGAUAACUUCUUGAGUGGAAAAAUCCCUGUUGGAUUUGGUAACCUCACAAAUCUUGAAUAUUUUGAUGCUUCUAAUAACCAGCUUGAAGGUGAUCUUUCUCAGAUAACUUCAUCAUUGAAAAGCCUUUCAUCAUUGCAGCUUUUUCAGAACAAGUUAUCAGGUACAAUUCCAGAAGAGCUUGGAGAAUUGAAAAGCCUCAAGGAACUUUCUCUCUAUGGUAACAUGCUCACUGGUCCUCUUCCUCAGAAGCUUGGUUCCUAUGGAGGCAUGGAUUACAUUGAUGUUUCGGAUAAUUCGUUUUCCGGUUCCAUACCGCCUGAUAUGUGCAAGAACAACCAUAUGACAGACUUCUUACUUUUGAACAACAGCUUCACUGGAACCAUACCUGAAACAUAUGCUAAUUGUUCUUCCAUGAUUCGCUUUCGUGCGAGUCGCAAUUCGCUUUCUGGUGUUGUUCCUUCAGGUCUAUGGGGCUUGCCAAAUCUCCAAAUUAUUGAUCUUUCAAUGAAUCAUUUAGAAGGGUCAAUAACUAGUGAUAUUGGCAAAGCAAAAUCACUUGCUCAGAUUUUCUUGUCUUACAAUCAAUUCUCAGGUGAGUUACCAUUGGAAAUCUCAGAAGCUUCUUCAUUGGUAUCAAUUGAGUUAAAUUCAAAUCAAAUUUCAGGACAAAUACCAGAUACUAUUGGCAACUUGCAUAAGCUAACUACUCUUAAAUUGGACAUGAACAAUGUUUCUGGUGUUAUACCAUAUUCUAUCAGUUCUUGCGUCUCUCUUAAUGAAAUAAACUUUGCUGGUAACUCUCUUUCCGGAGAAAUACCAGUUGGUAUUGGAUCUUUGCUCACACUCAACUCAUUGAACUUGUCCUCGAAUAAACUUUCCGGCGAAAUUCCAUCAAGUUUAUCUGCACAAAGGCUUAGCCUUCUUGAUUUAUCAAACAACCAGUUGUCUGGUCCCAUACCAGAUUCACUUGCUAUCUCAGCUUACAAAGAUGGUUUCAUUGGGAAUCCUCACUUAUGCAGCCAGAUUUUGGAGAAUUUCAAGCCAUGCUCCUUUGAAUCCGGGGGCUCGAGGCGAAUCAGAACACUUGUGCUGUGUUUGAUUGCUGCCUUAAUGGUUAUUGCUGUUUCUCUGUGCUAUAUCCUCUUCUUGAAACUGAAGCAGGACAAGUUUGAGAAGCCGGUUCUGAAGACUAAUUCUUGGAAUAUCAAGCAGUAUCACUUGCUAAACUUCAACCAGAGCGAGAUCAUUAAUGGGAUUAAAGCAGAGAACUUGAUUGGCAAAGGAGGAUCAGGGAAUGUUUACAGGGUUGUGCUUAAAAGUGGUGAAGAAUUCGCAGUCAAACACAUAUGGACUUCAAAUCCGAGCGACCGGGGAAGUUAUAGGAGCACCUCAGCAAUGCUGAAAAGGUGUUCAAGGUCCUCAUCAGAGUAUGAUGCAGAAGUGGCCACUCUCAGCUCCAUAAGGCAUGUCAAUGUGGUGAAGCUCUAUUGCAGCAUCACAAGUGAAGAUAGUAGCUUGCUUGUUUACGAAUUCUUGCCGAAUGGAAGCUUGUGGGAUAGCUUGCAUACAAGUAAGAAGGCUCAGAUGGGGUGGGAGGUUAGGUAUGAGAUUGCACUGGGUGCUGCUAGAGGAUUGGAGUAUCUGCACCAUGGUUGUGUUAGACCAGUUAUACAUAGAGAUGUUAAGUCCAGUAACAUCUUGCUUGAUGAAGAAUGGAAGCCAAGGAUUGCUGAUUUCGGUCUUGCUAAGAUUGUUCAUGGAGGAGCAGGAAAUUUGACUCAUGUCAUUGCUGGAACACUUGGAUACAUGGCUCCUGAAUAUGCCUACACUUGUAAGGUGACAGAGAAGAGUGAUGUUUAUAGCUUCGGAGUAGUGCUAAUGGAACUAGUAACAGGGAAGAGGCCUAUAGAGGCAGAGUUUGGGGAGAGCAAGGACAUUGUGUAUUGGGUAUGCAGCAAUAUGAGGAGCAAAGAGGAAGCUCUUGAGUUGGUGGAUUCCACCAUAGCAAAGCAUUCCAGAGAAGAUGCCAUGAAGGUGUUGCGAAUGGCAGCAUUGUGCACAGCCAAGAUUCCAUCUUCAAGACCCUCCAUGAGAAUGGUUGUUCAAAUGCUGGAAGAGGCAGACCCUUGUGCUCUUACCAACAUAGUGAUCACACAUGAUUAAACAACAUAGUCAUUAUCGUAUUCUGUGUGGACGUAUCAUCCAUUAGCAACUGGAAUGGUAUGUUGAUUCCAAAAACGGUUACAUUUUUCCUCCUUAAUAAGCUGCACAAAAUGUGAGGCCAAGAAGGGGUGAUAAAUAUCAUUGUAUAAAUAGCAAAAUAUAAUUACAGUUGGAAAAUAUAUGCUAGUGAGGAACCAAAAAAGGAUUAGCUUGUAGCUUUGUAGAAUAUGUGUAAUGAAAUCCUCUUGUAGAUGAAUCUGUAUUUUCUGUUGGGUUCAGCUUGUAACUUUGUAUUUUUGUAACAUGUUUUCUAUGUAUAUGAACCCUGUUAAGCUUCUGCAUAGUUUGUUCUGAGAAUAGUUGCUUCUUAGAAUAGAAGGUUUUGCUCUUAGGACGCUUCAAACUAAAACAACCAAAUACUUCCCCGUCACAUGACACACCAAUUAUUAAUCCUAUGAAGUAUUAAUGAUCAAAUUUCAAUGUUUA